UUAUGUAUGUCCGGGCAGUUGCUAUUGAACGACAAUAAAAUGACUUGACUUGAUUCUAUUCACAAGAAAACUGCCUUGAAAUCAUAUCUGUUUAUAUAGUUUUUGUUUUGGCUGCUGUAUUGGUCAUCCAUUGAUAUACCUUUAACCAACUCCAAUGGCCUCCAAUCUUCUCAAAAUUUACUUAUACAAUACUCAAACUCCAAACACAAAAUUCCAAUUCCCAUUCACAAAUACACUGUCUUCUCUAUCUUCAUUCCGUGUUCGUCACUGCCAUCUCUCCUCCUCUUCUUCAAGUUUGGUUCAUAACCACAAAACCUCUUCACCAUGGAUCAAGGUCCGGAUCAGAAGCUCCUUAUCUUCUUCCAACCCACCUACCUCAAAAGAAUCAGCCAUUCUCCAAGCCAAGACCUGCCUCUCAACCACUCUAGAAAAGCCCCUCAACAACACCAAGCUCACAAACAAGCUCAAGAGAGUGAAACAACCCAGAUUUCGGGUCGAGAUUCCGGUCAUAGAUGACUCUCCGGAAUCUCUCUCCCGAUUAUCUUUCGAGGUGUUUGGAGAACUACCCAUCAAAAGGAGAGGUUCCCCGGUUAACAUCUUAAUCAUUUGGCCUAAUGUUUCGUACAAAGAAUCUGCUUUGAGAGAGUUUGAGUCUUACCCUUCAUGCCCAGUUGGCCACGUUGAUUUUUCUUCCCUCACCGGUGGUUUGAGCUCUGCAGACGUGGCAGUGUUUCUAGCUCCGGAGGCAAAGGAUUUGGGCAAUGUGAAGAGUGUUGCCGAUGAUUUUUACCCGAGGCCAGUGGUGAUAUUCAACCCCAGAUGGGCUUCCGAGGAGGAGAGUGAGUUUGGGGAGCUGAGUAGCUUUGUGGGGUCUUUUGAAGUGGUGUAUUCUUUCAUGGGUUUGGAGGUUAAAGGGAUUUUGAGCAAAAGAAAAGGAGUGAUUUUCAAGUGCGUGAGAGAUGGAGUUGUGAGUGGUGAGAGGUGGUCUGUGCUUGUUGAAGAAGAAGAUGGAGAGUUGAAGGUGAUCUCGAAGUUCAAGGCUCGACCAUCGAUUGGUGAAGUUGAGAAUGUUUUAUAUAACUUGAUGGCCGUGAACUCACUGGUGACCAAAUCUGUGAGGUUCUUGAAAGAUCUGGUGUCUAAUGUGACUGGAAAGAAGUAAGUGUGUACUUAUUUCAUCAAUAGAGAUUCAAGUUUUGGCUUCAUUCCUUGUUUUUGGAGUUUCUGUUGUUCAUCUCUAAGUGAUAUUGUGGUGAUUACAAUAUAAGGUUACGUUUAGUAUACAUAUUUAUAUAUAUAUAUAUAUAUAUAUUCUGUAAUGAAAAAACGGUAAUGGUAAAUGAUGAGAAUGGACUAGAAAGAGAGGACAUUAACCCUUCCUUUAUUGUGGAUUAAUAAACAUGACUUAAAUAUCAAUAUUUAGUUCUGCAUUAAAUAAAAUGAUUCUGAGAUGUCAUUUGAGAA